AUGUCUAAGGAAGAAGCUUGCGACGAGAUUGUUCGUACCUCGGAACGUCGAGCUAUUCUGCCUGCAGUAAUUGCACAACGCGAUAUGAACUCUGUGUUUGAGCACGCGAAACGAUUUCGUGUUCUCGGUAUUCGCGAGAGAAUUGGAUUAGCAGUAUUCAUCGUGGCUCUCACCCUGGUGCGGUCCGAGCCUCCGGUAAAUUCUUAUUUACCGCCAGGUGGAGGUGGUCCUGGGGGUGGUAAUGGCGGAGGACCAUCAAACACUUACGGACCACCUGGUGGUCCCGGGGGUGGUAACGGCGGAGGUCCUUCGAACACUUACGGACCACCUGGAUUCGAUGGCCAGAAUGGUAUCGGUGGAGGUGGUGGUGCUCCCGGCGGUGGUUUAUCGAACAGUUAUGGAGCACCUGCUGGUGGAAAUGGUUUUAACGGUGGUGGUUCUGGAAGACCUGGCUCGAACGGUGGACGAAACGGUGGGGGCAGAGGAAACGGAUUCGGAGGUGGUCAACCUUCGAGCUCUUACGGGCCGCCAUCCAGCGGAUUCGGUGGAAACGGUGGUUCUGGUGGCGGAAGACCCUCGAGCACCUAUGGAGCACCUGGUGGAGGAAACGGAUUCGGCAAUGGCGGAGGCAACGGUGGCGGCAAAAACGGAUUUGGCGGUAGCCCGUCCAGCAGUUAUGGCGCCCCGCAAAAUGGAAACGGUUUCGGUGGUGGUAACGGAGGCGGUGGAGCUCCGUCCAGCCUCUACGGACCCCCGGGAAGAAACGGAAAUGGGGGAAAUGGAGGCAAUGGCGGAGGACGACCAUCGAGUAGCUACGGCACGCCUGACAGGAACGGCGGAAGACCUUCAGGACUUUACGGGCCACCUGGCAGAAAUGGAAAUAACGGUGGCAACGGAGGCUAUCCCUCUGGAGGUUCUGGUGGAAACGGAGGCAACGGAGGCUAUCCCUCUGGAGGUCCAGGUGGAAACGGAGGCAACGGUGGUUAUCCCUCUGGAGGACCUGGUGGAAAUGGAGGCUAUCCUUCUGGAGGCCCUGGCGGAAACGGAGGCAACGGUGGUUAUCCCUCUGGAGGACCUGGUGGAAACGGCGGCAAUGGUGGAGGUUACGGAGAAAAUGGACAGGAUGAGAGUAACGAACCGGCGAAAUAUGAAUUCUCAUACGAGGUAAAAGACGACCAAUCCGGCGCCGAUUACGGCCAUACCGAAAGCAGAGAUGGAGACCGUGCUCAAGGAGAAUUCAACGUGUUACUUCCCGAUGGAAGGAAACAAAUCGUUGAAUACGAGGCUGAUCAAGAUGGGUUUAAGCCGCAAAUUAGAUACGAGGGUGAAGCAAAUUCGCAGGGAUAUAGCUCUGGCGGCCCAGGAGGUAACGGAGGGGGUGAUUUUGGUGGCAAUGGAUACCCGAGUGGUGGAUCCGGCGGAAAUGGUUACCCAUCAGGAAGACCGGGUGGUGGACCUGAUUUCAAUGAUGGAGGAUUCCCAUCCGGAAGACCAGGUGGUAACAACGGUGGAUACAGUAACGGAAACAACGGCGGCAACGGAAACGGAGGUUAUCCAUCCGGAAGUGGUGGCGAUGCUGCGGCCAACGGAGGAUACCAAUACUAAAUAUUUAUCUAGGUGUAGUGAUAUAUAUACAUAUCGCGUGUACUACGAAAAAAGGGAAUACUUAGGGCAACGUUUAUCAUAACGCAUAGGAUAGUUUCUGUCUGGAACAGUAGAAAUGCGAAUGGAAUUGCCAAUGAUAUGAACAACCAGUACGAUCGAACUUUCGGAUCGACAUCUAACAUAUAUCAUCGCUUUGGGACAUUUUCAAUUCAACGAUCACGGAAUGAGCAAAAUGAUAACUCGUUUAACUGUGAAAACAAACAAGUAUUUAAGAUGCAGUGCAUCGUUUGUUUCAGACGUGGUAUCCUUCCUUAGUGUAAACAUAUUAAUUAUUCAUACGAUAAACAUAAAGACCUCACAGUUAAUUCUUAGAUGUAAACGAUAUUAUUGAGUAUUAAUUGCAUGCUGUACCGACAUACUUGUUCACGGUACAACAUGCAUUGCAAUAAUACUAAUCGUAUCGUUUAAUUGACCUAACGACAGGAGUGGAUCUAGAAACCUUGCUUGGAAGGGAGGAGGUGAUGAAAUAUAUAAAAGUAUAUUUC